UCUCGGAGAUUGCACUCUGCCUCUAAGGGCUGAGAGGCUCCAGCUUGGAUUAGAAACUCCUAGGCUUGGCAGCAAGAUGGGCCAACUGGUCACCCUGGGGAUCCACGGACUUCUUUGCCUCUGCAUCCGUUUUUCGACUGCAUCCUUAGAGGAUGAAAAGAAUCCAAACUAUUGGAACACGAGAGCCAAGCAGACGCUGGAAUCUGCGCUCAGGUUGACUCCGGUGGCCAAUCGAGCAAAGAACAUUAUUCUUUUCUUGGGCGAUGGCAUGGGUAUCCCCACCAUUACAGCGGCCCGCAUCUAUAAGGGGCAACUGGCAGGAGGCUCCGGCGAGGAGGCCGUGCUGGCGAUGGAGAAAUUCCCCUACGUUGCCCUGUCCAAGACUUACAAUGUUGACCGGCAGGUGUCUGACAGUGCUGGAACAGGCACUGCCUAUUUGUGCGGGGUGAAGACCAAUGCCAAGACCUUGGGAGUGAGUGCCACAGCAGUGUACGGCCAGUGCAACACCACCUUCGGCAAUGAGGUGUACUCCAUCCUGCAUCGGGCAAAAUUAGGAGGAAAGGCUGUGGGAAUUGUGACCACCACCCGUGUCCAGCAUGCCUCUCCAGGGGCCUCCUACGCCCAUUCGGUUAACCGGUCAUGGUACAGUGAUGAAGAUUUGCCGGAAGACGCCAUCCAGCAGGGCUGCAAAGACAUUGCCUACCAGCUGGUCCACAACACAGAUAUCAACGUGAUUCUGGGAGGGGGCCGGAGGUACAUGACACCCAAGUGGUCACCUGACCCUGAAUAUCCAGAUGACCCCGAGAAGAAUGGGACCCGGAAGGAUGGCCUGAACCUCAUCGAAAUGUGGCUGAGUGCCAAGGAGGGUGCCCAAUACGUCUGGAAUAAGACGGGCCUCGAGGCUGUGGAUGAAAACUCCACUGACUACCUCUUGGGCCUCUUUGAGCCCAAGGAUAUGGCAUUCGAGCUGGACCGAAACAGCACCACGGACCCUUCCAUUGUGGAGAUGACUGAGGUGGCCAUCCGUAUCCUGAGCAGGAACCCCAAAGGCUUCUUCCUCUUUGUGGAAGGAGGUAGGAUUGACCAUGGACACCACAGUGGCAAAGCCAAGCAAGCUCUGACUGAGGCUGUGAUGAUGGACCGGGCUGUGGAGCGGGCUGGAGAGCUGACCAAUGCCUCAGAGACACUCACGGUGAUAACCGCUGACCAUUCCCAUGUCUUCACCUUUGGUGGCAGCACGCCUCGUGGCAACAAUAUCUUUGGCUUGGCACCAAAAAGUGCAACGGACAAGCGCCCGUACACUAGCAUCCUCUAUGGUAAUGGACCUGGCUAUGUCCUCAAGGAUGGCAAGCGGCCAGAUGUCCGCUCUACAGACUUUGAUGACAAGGACUACCGACAGCAAGCAGCCGUGCCCUUGGAAAUGGAGACGCAUGGUGGUGAGGAUGUUGCUAUCUUGGCCAAGGGCCCCAUGGCCCAUCUCUUUCAUGGCAUCCAAGAGCAGAACUAUAUCCCUCAUGUUAUGGCCUAUGCAGGCUGCCUCGAACCAUAUCAUGAAGAUCCAGAGUGCCUGGAGCUUGACAAGAGAUCAAAUGAGAGAUCGGGCAGGAAAUCGGGCAGCCCUGGCCUCUCCCAACACCCCUUUCUCUUUCUUCUGCCCUUUUGGGUGUGCCUUUUGGCGCUGGAGAUGAGACGAUGAAAGUGGAUUGUUUCUCUUCAAAAGCUUCUUCUGGGCACCCUCUAUGCAGCUUAGGGGACAGCCUCGGCUGCUCCACCAAACCAAAGAGUAUUGUUCCUUCUUUUGCUUCCAUGUAUGUAACUGUAAAGCUGAUGUUAUUUGGCUUCAAUUCUCA